AUGCAAUUGUCAGCUACGUUGGCCUGCAAUAGCAAGGUCCUGGAGAUGCAGGGAAAAGGGCACAUAGUGUCCCUGUGUCCUGUUUCUGCAUCUUUCUGGGAACUAGAGGAAUCCUGCUUCCACCUAGCAGCACAGCAGCAGCAGAACCUCCUCUGGCUCGCCCUCUUCCUCCAGAGGCUAAAGGGGAGGCAAAGGACAACAGACCUCCACGUGCUGUCAGUCCAGGGCCGGAGCAUCGUGAACCAGCUCCCUGUUGUCAGCGCACAGAGCGGUCCCAAGGUGCAGUUCACAGCCUUCUGGGCUGUGUCUCUGCUUGCUGCUUCUCAAAGCUCUCAGGAGCCAACAUCCCUGCUCCCUACUGCUUGUUUGUGCUUUUUCCCUGCCCAUUCCUUGCAGGCCUCAGCAGAAGAGCUCCUUUCCAGUCAGGACUCCUGGGCCCAGGCAGGAGAGGCGGAGCGGCAGGAGAGCACGGAUGGAGUGCGCAGAGCCCGGGAUUUCAGAUGGAAGCAGUUGGCUGCCCUUGAGAGAAAGCGCCACUCCUCACUAGCCUGGGGCUUUGAAACAUCAGCAGAGACAGAGGAGGAAUUGCAGCCUCAGAGGGAUCUGCUGAAGAAAGAGGCUCCUCUGGCAGUGCCAAAGGUUUGCUGCCCGCAGGGGCCAUCCCCCAGGGGUCUGGAGAGGCUGCUCCAGGAGUUCUCUCGCCAAGGGGACACACUGUCCCAGGUGUGCAGAGAGAAAACGGUGCUGGCACAAGAGAAGGCUGCCCUGGAAGCCCGGCUGGCAGACACGGAGCGGAAGCUACGAGGCCUUUCCAAGCAGCUGGUAGAGGCCAGGUCAGCCAAGGAGAGCCUGCAAAGCAGACUGCAGGCGGCUCAGCUGCACAUCUCGGAGCUGGAGAUGGCCAGGAGCCGUCUGGAAGGCCAAGUUUGCACAGCCACGCAGGCCAAGGAGGUGAUACUCGAGGGCCUUUGUCGUGAGCUGCAAGCUGUAAGAUCUCUCAGCAAGCAGCAACGUGAAGAAGUGGCCCAACAUCUCCGCUGGACAGAAGAGCAGUACAUCAAGGCUCUCUGACUCUGCCAAUCUGCUCAGGAAGAGGAAAAAAGGAAGCUCCAGGAAAACUUGCUCCAGCAUCAGAAGGCUGCUGUCUUAACCAGGAUGCGCCAGAUGGAGAGAAAGCUAAUGCAAAGACAGCAGCAGGUCAAGCAGCUGAGGCUGGAGCUGAGUGAGGAGCGGCUGAAUGGGCAGGACAAGCUGCAGCAAGCUCAGAGGAAGAUGAAGGCAAUGGAGAAAAGGCACAAAGAAGAAAUGAAAAGGAUGCGCAGGAUGCAGCUGCAGUACAGGCUGUCUGAACAAAAGCAGAUGGACGCAGGUUCUGCUGCUGCAGCAGCAUCCUGCAAAGAAGGAGCCUCCUCUCCGCAGCCUGAAAACUCGAGCACGAACAGUUCAUCCUGGUCAAGCCAGGAGAGAGAGAAGCAGUGCCUGAAGUUGCUGAGUACAUCCUGUGGAUUUCCUGUGCGAUGGAGCAGUGUGUUGUGUGUGUGCCUCAGCAUCAGCUGUACCACAUCUUCCUCCUCACUCUGGUGUCCCACAGACAUUCUGGACUCCCUGCAGAAGCCAUUGUUGUGCUUGGAGGCAGCCGAGGAGCUCCUGGGGCAUUCCUUUUGCCUCUGAGGGCAGCUGGGAGUGGGUGGGCUUUGCCUGAGCUUCCCUGUGCAGGAGAGGCAAAAGCAGGGAUGGUUUCCCGAGCAGCGGAAGGCUGCGACCUAGCAAAUGAUCCAGUGAACACAGUGUGUGUGCUAGUCUGGCCAAAGUGAUCAGCACAGUUGGCUUCCUGGAUUCCCUUUAGACUCCUGACUUGUCACCAGUCCUUGGAGACCAAAUCCUUCAGAGAAGUUGAUUGGCUGUGGGGCUGGUUUCAUACCUGGGUUGUUUUUAUAACUGGUAUUACUUCUACGAUUCCUUCUACAGCUGGUUUUGAUGAGAAUUCUACAGUUUGGUUAACCCGACCUCCUUGGAAAGAACAUCAGACACCUCUUGAAAAAACACAUCAAUGUGGCACGGUCAGACAAAACUGCCCUGCAGGCAAUUCUCAGGAGGAAGCCUGCAGCCCCUCUGCCGCACCUUCCUCCAGUACAGGGCACUUUGUCACGGCUAAUGCCCAGCCGGUGAAUACUCUUGGAAUGCUAAGCAUUGGUCUCAAUACUCUAGGAAAGCACACCAAGGCCUUGGCGACUCUGCAGUACAACAGAGCUGCUUCUUUUAACUGGCAAGGUCCGGCAGUGCAGUGCUGUCAGAGAAUAACCGGUGAGGUAGAGAACAGAGCCCACUUUACUCGGUGUCUGCCAUCAACUCUUGGCACAGAGGGUGGAUUGAUCUACUCCUCCGUGGGUCUGAACUCAGAGACAAUCAUGUUCUGUCUUGAGUGGAGUCAACAGCUUAUGAUGGAGCUCCGUCUGGCUCUGGCUUCUUCACAGUGGUUGUCAGUGGCCAUUCAUGGGCUUUGCCAAGCUUUUUGUCAUACCCGCCCUGCCGCUGACGGCUGAUGCGUCUGCAGAGGCUGGAGCCUUCCUUAGCUGGGAGGUUUCAGCUGCUGCCGCGGUGCUGCAGCUUUGCCUGGACUCGUGAAAGGAUCAGCACCUCAUUUGGGCAGGUGUCUGUGUCACGGCAGCGCUUGAGGAGCGGCACUGUCCUUGUUACCCGUCUUGGCUGUGCCCGUUUGGGACGAUGGGGCACGUGGGCCGUGUUCAAGAGGCCGAGUCCAGUGCUGGUGACUGCUGCCCCCAGGCUGAAGACAAGGAGUUGUAGUUCUUCACUAAAUGGGACAUGGGCAAAGUCAUCUUUGGAACUUAGGCUGCUCAUAAAUGAAGAGAGUCCUAAUUCUUACAGCCAUUGUUCUUGGUUAUGGCAUGAGCUGCUGUUCUCUAAAACUGGCAAGGCAUUCUUUAGGCAAACUGCUGAGAGGCAGAGAAGUCCCCUCCUCUCCUGGAAUUCACUUUGCAAUAUUCUUUCUGCUCUGCAGAAAGCAGCUGUUGAUAAAAAUUCACCCCAGAUCCCAGGGUGCAUUUAAAACUUGCCAGUAUGAAACCUUUUGUGGAAUCUCACAAGAGAGUGUUUAUUCCCAAGAAAAUGAAGGCUCAUGAUUUUUCAGCCCUCCUUCCCUUUGUAGAUUGCAACCACUUGCCUUGGUGCCUGUUCUUUUCUGAUCUCUGUCUGCUCUGAAGGUUUCUCCCUGAGCUGAGUUUGCUCUCAAGGUAAACCUGCAAAGGAGUAUGGAGAAUCAGACUCUGUGCAGGCCGUGUGUGUUUCAGAGCUGCCUGGCUUGCUGCGGCUGCCGUUGUUGUUGUUCUUGUUGAUGUCGCUGUAAGGCAACCAACCAUGAAUUGCUCAGAGCCUCAGAGAGUGGAGCUGAGUUUCAGAGCUCCUGGAAGUCACUAUCUCUCUUUUGAAGUUUGCUUC